GUUGCUCGUUGUCGUUGGUGUUCUGUUCGUUCUGAAACCAACGAACGGCCCCUUCUAUCUCCGGUGAAAUCCAAAAGCAUAUCUUUCCGUGUCGUUUUCUCAUUUCCGAUAAAUUCUCAGGACCUUUGUCGAUGGUUCUGUAUCUGGGCACGAUUCGCCCUUCUUCUCUGGCCUGUUUUGCGCCUUUCAGACGCCAAAUAUCACUCCACAACUCUGCAAUUUCACUCCCCAACACUCGCUUAUCUCCCUUCAGACGGGUUCUCCAAUCUCGCCUUCGAUCUGAUUAUGCAAGGGGAGUUUCCGGAGAAGAAUUACCUGAUGACCAAUCAGAGAUCAUAUUUAUGGGUACAGGAACAAGUGAAGGGAUUCCCCGUCUUAGCUGCCUUACAAAUCCUCUAAAGAAAUGUGAGGUGUGCUCAAAAGCUGCAGAACCAGGUAAUAUAAACAAGAGACUUAACACAAGCAUCCUUAUUCGUUAUCCUUCGUCAUCUGGAAUACGUAACAUUCUUGUAGAUGCUGGGAAGUUCUUCUACCACAGUGCUCUUAGAUGGUUUCCUGCUUACAGGCUAAGAACAAUUGAUGCGGUUGUAAUUACUCAUUCUCAUGCUGAUGCAAUUGGAGGUCUCGAUGACCUUCGUGAUUGGACAAACAAUGUCCAGCCAUCUAUUCCCAUUUACGUGCCCCGGCGUGAUUUUGAGGUGAUGAAGAAGACUCAUUACUAUUUAGUUGAUACAAGCGUUGUCACACCUGGUGCUGCUGUUUCAGCGUUGCAAUUCAAUAUCAUACAUGAAGAGCCGUUCACUGUUCAUGGAUUAGAGAUUACCCCUUUACCCGUGUGGCAUGGUCCUGGUUACCGCUCCCUAGGAUUUCGUUUCGGUGAUAUUUGUUACAUUAGUGAUGUCAGUGACAUACCUGAAGAAACUUAUCCGCUCCUCAAGAAUUGUGAAAUUCUGAUUCUGGAUGCUUUAAGGCCAGAUAGAUCAUCUGCAACACAUUUUGGACUUCCAAGAGCUCUCGAGGAAGUACGGAAAAUCAAACCAAAAAAAACCUUCUUCACCGGUAUGAUGCAUCUAAUGGAUCAUGAGAAAGUGAAUAACUAUCUCAUGAAACUGAUGGAGAGUGAGGGUCUUGAUGUACAACUGAGCUAUGAUGGGCUUCGUGUGCCAGUGACUCUCUAGGCUUUUGACAAUUAUAUAUUUAUUUAUUUUUUAUUGAUAAAGGCUCAAGAUUAUUAUUUUGAAAGUUCAACUGUCAAGUGAUCUUUCAUGAGCUAUGAAGGUCCGCAUUGGACUCAAAUUUUUGCACAUUUUGGGAGUGCACAUUUUUAGUUGGCGAUCUGUUGUUGCAAUAAAACUUCUUUUAUUUG